GCAUAGGGCAGUGUUCUGUUUUGGUUUGGGAUCCCAAUUCACGGAACCUACUCUCUACCCUCCAGGGUUCCUUCUUUCACCUCUGCAAUUUCUACUCCGCCACGCCCUACGACAUUGUUCGUCGUAACCCUCUCUUCGUUCCACUUAGGAAGAGAAAAGGGUUUGUUUGGAUAUGGAAGGUGACGAGCACAUGAACGAGGUUCCAUCAGAGAACAGCAACUUGGGAAGUGAUUCUUUGGAAAAGGAGAACAUUUUGGAAGAUGAAAAGGAGGAUUUGCAAGAUGGGUUGAAGUUGAAGGUGGUCACUGAGGAAGUGAGUGGAGGAUUGCUCGCUGAGAAUGGUUGCAUUUCUCUUGAGGAUGGGAGUCUCAAAAGAAGCCUUGAGACUGUUGGAACAUCCGUAUCAGGUGCUAAAAGAGCUCGAAUUACAGUUGAUGAAUAUCAACCUUCAGUUCAUUUUACGUAUAAUUCCCUAACAAGAGCUAGUAGACAGAAGCUUCAGGAACUUCUACAGAAAUGGUCAGCAUGGCAUGCUAAACAUGUUUCGUCAUCCAGUGAUGCUAGCGAAGUGUUGGAAUCCGGUGAGGAGACAUUUUUUCCUGCUUUGCAUGUUGGACUUGAAAAGACUUCUGCCGUGUCAUUCUGGAUGGAGAACCAAACAAGAAAUGAUAAGAACAAAGAUUUCAUUCCUUUAGCUGAUAAUACUGUGCCUCUAUAUGAUCGUGGAUAUGCUUUGGGAUUGACUUCAGCUGAUGGCUCAAGUAAUGUGGAUGGUGGUCUGGAGAUUAUUGAUGCUGCUGCUAGGUGUUUCAAUUGUGGUUCUUACAACCACUCUUUGAGAGAGUGUCCAAGGCCCCGUGACAACAUUGCUGUCAAUAAUGCUCGCGAUAAACUCAAGUCCCGACGGAAUCAGAAUUCUUCUUCCCGGCAUCCAACUCGUUAUUAUCAGAAUUCUCCAGCUGGAAAGUAUGAUGGUUUGAGGCCAGGAUCUCUGGAUGAUGCAACACGUAAACUUUUGGGCUUGAGGGAGCUUGAUCCACCUCCGUGGCUUAACAGAAUGCGAGAACUAGGAUACCCACCUGGAUAUCUUGAUGUGGACAAUGAGGAUCAGCCUUCUGGCAUUACAAUAUUCACUGAUAGUGAGAUUGCUGACCAAGAGGAUGGGGAAAUUAUGGAAGCUAAUGCUUCCAAACCAAAGCGUAAAAAGACUGUCAAAUUUCCUGGAAUAAAUGCUCCUAUUCCAGAAAAAGCGGAUGAAAGAUUGUGGGGCACUAGGGCUGGACCCUCGAGUUCAGAUAUAUCAAGAAACUUGUCAUUGCCACAGCACAGGUCGAAUUAUAGUACUGAUUAUGGCAGUCGAGGAUAUCAUCGCGAACAUAGAUUAGGGGAUCUUAGGGAUGAAGGUCCACCAGGGGACCCAGGACAUAGUUCAUUUAUGUUCAGUUUUCAUCCUAGGUUUGGUGGCCAUGAUUCUGCACUAAGAAGUCCUUCAAUGGCAAGGUCUCAAUCUGACAGGAGUAGAAGUCCUAUGCAUGAUGAAGAAUCCUCAAUGCCUUUUUCUUUCCAUUCUCUUCAUUAUUCAUCUUCAGAGAGGCAUUUUUCGCCCUUGGACCGAGAUUCUGGUAGACUAGGGAGCUGGACCUCUGAAAGUAUGUAUUAUGACAGGGACCGUGUUUUUUCGUCUCGAUUUAUGGACAGGUUCGACGAUCGUCACUACCGCAGUUGGAGGUGAGGAUGGCACAAACAGGAUCAAUCAUAUUGGUAGGUUCUGAAGAUGCAUUCCUGUCAUUCAUACAUUGAAAUUAUUUACCCUCACUUAUAUUAAGGACUGGGGUUAUGCAGAGUUCUAGCGAAGUUAGCAGCUUUAACCAUUUUUCUGGUAUAGCUUUAUUUGCACUCUGCUUUAUGUUAUUAGGGUUUAUAGCCUACUCCUAACUCUGACUUUGCUUGUAGAAUGAAACUUUAGCUCAUGUUUAAAUCUUUGCAAUAGAAUAUGGUUAUUUGUGAAAGAUGAAUUAUCUAUUAUAA